UCUCCCGCAUAAUGACAUGCCACAAGCUGCACCGAAGUCUUGUGGCAACUUCUUUAUUAGCGCCUUGUUUAAUUGGCGAGCAGCCUCAGAUCCAGCUCGGCACGGCGGCUGCACCACCGAAGUCUCCUUCCUUCAGUGAAGCAUAGCAUCUCUAGACACCCGUUCCCGUUCCCGUUCCCAGCCACCUCGCUCCCACUUCCUCUCCUUUCCUUCCGAGGAGAGAGCAGGGCGAGGAGAGCGGAAAGGAGGCUGCUUCGCGCAAGGCGACCGAGCAGUCGCGCCAGAUCUGGGCCGAGGAGAGGCUCGGAUUGGCAGGCCGGAGCAGGAGGGGGAAGAGAUGAAGUCGUCGCUGCGGAGCCGGCAGGAGCCGCGCCGGGUGAGCAACGGCGUCAUCAUCGGCGCCAUGCUGCUCUCCCUCUGCGUGCUCAGCAUCGUCAAGGCUAGAUACUGCGACACCCCCUUCGGCAAGGCUGAGGACCAGCUCCAGGAGCAGAUGAACUCCAGCAUCAGGAUGGAGACCGAGGAUUCGCCGGCCAGGACGCCGGGAGAGGAGGAGGAGGAGGAGGAAGAGGAGGUGACGAGCACGGCGCCAGCGGUGACCACGCCGGCCACCGCCGGCGCGGGCAAGGGGAAGUGGAAGCCGACGUGCUACAUGACGAGCAAGCGGUCGGAGCGGUGCGACGCGUCCGGUGACAUUCGGGUGGACGGGAACAGGUCCGCCAUCUACGUCAGCGGGAUGGACAAGGAGUGGAAGACCAAGCCGUACGCGCGGUACCACGACCCCGUCGCCAUGGCCUACGUCCGCGAGUACACCCUCAAGCCAUUCGCCGCCGGCGCGGACACGGCGCCGGCGUGCACCAAGAACCACUCGGUGCCGGGGUUCCUCUUCUCCAACGGCGGCUUCUCCGGCAACCUGUACCACGACUACACCGAUGCGCUGGUGCCGCUUUUCAUCAGCACGCACCAGUUCAAGGGCAAGGUGCAGUUCCUGCUCAGCGGGAUGAAGCCGUGGUGGGUGGCCAAGUUCAGCCUCUUCUUGCGGCAGCUCACCAAGUACGACGUCAUCGACGUCGACAACGACCAGGAGGUGCACUGCUUCCCCCGGAUCGUGGUCGGCGCCACCUUCCACAAGGACAUGGGCGUGGAUCCAAAGCGGUCCCCGGGCCACGUCUCGGUGGUGGACUUCAAGCGCACCCUGCGCCACGCGUUCGGACUGGAGCGCGAGGCGGCGUCCCGCGGCGGCGCCACAGGCCACGGCAAGCCCCGGCUGCUCAUCAUCUCCCGCCGCAACUCACGCCGGUUCCUGAACGAGCGCGAGAUGGCGCAGGCCGCGGCCGCCAUGGGCUUCGACGAGCGCAUCGUGGAGCCCGACCAGCACACGGACAUGACCACCUUCGCGCGGCUGGUGAACUCGGCCGACGUGAUGAUCGGCGUGCACGGCGCCGGCCUCACCAACAUGGUGUUCCUGCCCCGCGGCGCCGUGCUGAUCCAGGUGGUGCCGUUCGGCGGCCUCGAGUGGCUGACGCGGGUGACGUUCAAGGACCCGGCCAAGGACAUGGAGGUGAACUACAUGGACUACAACGUGCAGCUGGAGGAGAGCUCGCUGAUCGACCAGUACCCGAGGAACCACCUGGUGCUGACCGACCCGUACGCGGUUCACAAGCAGGGCUGGGACGCGCUCAAGACGGCGUACCUGGACAAGCAGAACAUCCGGAUGGAUCUGGACAGGUUCAGGAGCACACUGCAGGAGGCGCUCAACCGGUUGCCAUGACCGUCUUGUGAGCUCCAACUGCCCGAUCUGAAGGUGGGAGGUAGAUAGAGGUUUUCAGAUUUUGAGGCUUCAGAGAUGAACUCUGAGUCUCUUGACACUACUGGUGAGUAGCAGGGCCAGGGCAUGAACUAACCAAAGCCUAGUUUGCUCGCUGAGCCAAUCGAGUGCGGCCACGCCGACGAACCACACCUACUGCUAGCGGAUGAUGCCAUGACCGUGACGAUGCAAUGGGCAUUGCGGCAGCAGGAGGAGAAAGAGAAAGAGAAAGAGAGGAAGAACGGUUGGCUAAUCUGCCACGCCUAGUCGACGCGUCCCUUUCGUCGAACUGCGAUGCCGCCGAACUGUCUGAUAUAAGUUUGAUCUGAAAAGAUCAAAUUUUUAUAAGUUUUGAUUAACAAUUAGUCAUGUUAUACGUAUAAGUUUUAAUUAACAAUUAGUUAUAUUAUAUGUAUGUUUAAUGUAUAAAAGUUAUAUCAAUAAAUUUGUAUUUCAAAA